AUGGCGGCCGAGGAAAUAUCAGUGACGCCGAAAGGCCCAUCAAGUACCGAAAAUACUGAGGAAACCCCAGAGGACGCUCUCAAAGAGAGGUCCGGGGACUCAGAGAGCCUCCAGGCCGGUGUUCGUAGGGCCGAGAUGCUGCGCAAAGGCUGGACAAAGCAGGGACUCAUCAUAACUUUCUCUGGGCUCUUUCUCGCGACGCUCGCUAUCAAUCUCGGUGAUUACUCGACUCAAGUCUACACCCCGUACGCAACCUCUUCGUUCAAACAACACUCCGCCAUGUCUGCUGCACGUGUCGUGGGGAAUAUCACAAGGAUCGCUGCGUAUCCGAUUAUUGCUAAACUGGGUGAUGUCUUCGGCAGAGCAGAGAUGUUCAUCCUCUCCAUCCUGUUCCAAGCCAUUGCGAACGCCAUCUAUGCAGGUUGCCAGAACGUCGGUCAAUAUAUUGCCGGGGGCAUCUUCGACGCCAUCGGAUCCACCGGCUUCAGCCUCACCCAACAAGUCUUCGUCGCAGACGUCACGAACCUCAUCAACCGCGCCAUCUGGUCGACGCUCCCAGACUCCCUGACCGUGAUCCCAUCGCUCUACAUCGGCACCGAGAUCGCCGAAGCUAUGCUCGAGAAGAACAAAUGGCGCUGGGGGUACGGCAUGUGGGCGAUCAUCCAGCCCGCCUGCUCGAUUCUCCUCGUCGGCGCGAUGCUAUACUACCAACGUCGCAACACUGAAGAAAAGAGUCAAUCCGCAGCCGAGCUCUUCGGGUGGAAGGGGACGGAUCCGUGGUGGAAGCGCGUCUACAACCUCCUCUGGGUGCAACUGGACGCCUUCGGCGCAGUCCUCCUCCUCCUCGGCCUAUCGCUCUUCCUCGUCCCGCUAUCACUAACAGGGUCCGGAAACAGCGACGACUGGCACAAGCCCUCCUUCAUCGCCAUGCUCGUCGUCGGCGUCGUCAUCUUCAUCCUCUUCAUUGCAUGGGAUACAUGGUUCGCAGCGAAGCCCUUCAUCCCAUACAGACUAAUCAAGAACCGCACCGUCGCCGCGGCAUGCAUCCUCGGCGCCCUCGACUUCUUCCACUACUCCGUCUUCUCGGUGUUCUUCACGAGCUAUCUCCAGGUUGCGGGGCACUACGGGGCAGGGAGCGCCACGAGGAUCGACAACUCCCUCCGCGUCGCCUUCCAAGUCUCCGGCAUCUUCGCAGCCUACUUCAUGAAGUUCACAAAACGCUCGCAGAUCUGGGUGCUUGCCGGCGUUCCACUCUGCGUGCUGGGCAUGGGAGUCCUCCUGCACCUCGUCGACUUGGGCGGCGCCAAAGUCGGCACCGAAGCAGCCUUCGUAGCAGCCAAAUCGCUCAUCGGAAUCGGGCGCGGCUUCUAUCAGACCGCGUCGCAGGUCUCGGUCCAGGCGAGUGUAUCCCGCGGCGAGGUCUCGGUCGUCACGGCGGUGUUCUUCGCGGCUAUGAGUGUGGGCGGUGCCAUUGGGACCAGUGUUGCGGGGGCGAUUUGGCGCAGCACUCUGCCUACUAAGCUGGAGGAGAAUCUGCCGGAGGACUUGAAGAGCCAGGCGCAGAGGAUCUUUGGGAGUAUUGUUGUGGCACAGGGGUAUGAGGUGGGCACGGAGGCAAGGGAGGCGAUUGAUUUGAGUUAUAGGCAGAGUCAGAGGUUGUUGGGGAUUGCGGCGCUGUGUGCGCUGGCGCCGAUGUUGGCUGUUAUGCUUUUCUUGGAGAAUGUGCAGUUGAACGGGGAGACGGCGGAGGUGGACACCACGGAGAAGGAUAGGAAGGACGUCAAGGAGGCCGGGGAUGAGGAGGAACGGGAAGCUGCAGCGUCGUGA